AUGGAGAACAUUACUGGGUUGUGUGUGUUAUGGGUUAUACUCUUGUUGGGGUGUGUACUUUCCUCUGAAUCUAAGUAUAUAAGGUAUAACACAACGUCAACCAUUGUCCCUGGCAAGCUCAACGUUCACUUGGUCCCUCACACUCAUGACGAUGUUGGCUGGUUGAAGACUAUUGACCAGUAUUAUGUUGGUUCCAAUAACUCAAUUCAGGGAGCGUGCGUUCAAAACGUUCUCGAUUCCCUGGUACCCGCAUUGUUGGCUGACAAGAAUCGCAAGUUCAUUUAUGUUGAACAGGCAAGUGCAUUUUUCCAGCGAUGGUGGAGCGAACAAAGUGAUGCCAUCCAGAACAUAGUCAAGGAGCUCGUCAAAUCUGGUCAAUUGGAGUUCAUAAAUGGAGGAUUUUGUAUGCAUGAUGAGGCUACUGCUCAUUAUAUUGACAUGAUUGAUCAGACAACUCUUGGACAUCAAUUUCUCAAAGAAGAAUUUGGAGUGACUCCGAGAAUAGGGUGGCAGAUUGAUCCAUUUGGACAUUCUUCUGUGCAGGCUUACUUGUUGGGGGCAGAGGUUGGAUUCGACUCUCUAUUCUUUGCACGGAUUGACUAUCAAGACAGAGCUAAGAGAAAAGGUGAAAAAACUCUUGAAGUUGUGUGGCGGGGCUCUAAGAGCCUUGGUUCAUCAUCGCAGAUAUUUUCUGGAGCGUUCCCUGAGAAUUAUGAACCUCCCAGUAAUUUCUACUAUGAAGUAAAUGACAAUUCUCCAAUCGUUCAGGAUGAUGUCAAUUUAUUUGAUUACAAUGUCCCUCAAAGAGUAAAUGAGUUUGUGGCAGCCGCAAUAUCACAGGAUGGUCGGGUUCAUGCCCUAUACUCAACCCCAUCCAUAUACACUGAUGCCAAACAUGCUGCAAAUGAGGCCUGGCCAAUCAAGACUGAUGACUACUUUCCGUAUGCAGAUCGUGUAAAUGCAUAUUGGACGGGGUAUUUUACAAGCAGGCCAGCCCUCAAAGGUUAUGUCAGACUCUUAAGUGGAUACUACUUGGCAGCAAGGCAGUUGGAAUAUUUCAAAGGGAAGAGUGCCUUAGGUCCAAAAACUGACUCUUUGGCUGAAGCUUUGGCUAUUGCUCAACAUCAUGAUGCAUUAACUGGUACAGAAAAACAGCAUGUUGCUGAUGAUUAUGCUAAACGACUUUCAAUAGGUUAUACAGAGGCUGAGAAAGUUGUUGCAGAAUCGCUUGCUUGUUUGACAGAGGGAGCAAGCAAAACGGGAUGUAAGAACCCACAGAUUAAAUUUCAACAGGCAAGUUGUGAUGUUCUUUGUUCAACUACUUGUCCACUUCUGAACAUAAGUUACUGUCCUGCAUCAGAAGUCGACUUCUCCAAUGGGAAAAAUCUGGUGGUUGUUGUUUACAAUCCUCUCGGAUGGAAAAGAGAGGAUAUCAUAAGGAUUCCUGUUGUCAAUGAAAACGUUGUUGUUCUGGAUUCCAGUGGGAAGAAAGUCCAAUCCCAGCUGGUGCCAAUACUCGAUGAUUUUCUUGGUUCAAGAAACUACCACACUAUGGCAUACUUGGGGGUGUCUCCAAUUGUGAAACCAAAUUACUGGCUUGCUUUUUCAGCAAAUGUUCCCCCACUUGGAUUUAGCACUUACUAUGUAUCCUACGCCAAAAAUGAAGCUACUAUUUCAGAUAGAGAAGUAGCUGGCAAGUCAGGGAAUAAGAGUGAUACAAUUACAGUAGGUCUAGAAAACUUGAAACUAACUUAUUCUGUGAAGGAAGAGAAACUUACUCGAUAUUUCAACAGCAGAAGCAAGGUCGAAGAAUCUCUAGAUCAGGCAUAUAAAUUUUACAUCGGCAAUGGACAUGAUGGAACUCUAACUGCUCAGGCAUCUGGAGCAUAUAUUUUUAGACCAAAUGGUUCACCAUCUCCAAUCACUCCCAACGGGAAGUCUCCUCUCACAGUUUUUCGCGGACCAAUUGUGCAUGAAGUGCAUCAGCAGAUCAAUUCAUGGAUAUACCAGACUACUAGACUGUACAAGGGCAAGGAACACGGUGAAGUUGAGUUUAUUGUUGGACCUAUACCCAUUGAUGAUGGAGGCAAGGAAAUUGCAACUGAGAUUAAAACAAAUCUGGCAAGCAACAAAACCUUCUAUACUGAUUCCAAUGGACGCGAUUUCAUUGAACGUGUUCGAGACUAUAGAAAAGACUGGCACUUGGAAGUGAAUGAACCUGUUGCUGGAAAUUAUUACCCUAUCAACCUUGGGAUUUACCUGAAAGAUAAAAGCAAAGAGUUUUCUAUAUUGGUAGAUAGAGCUGUGGGGGGCUCUAGCAUUAUAGAUGGGCAAUUGGAACUAAUGGUUCAUAGGAGGUUACUUGAGGAUGAUUCCAGAGGUGUUGACGAGGCACUGGAUGAAACAGUUUGCAUCCGAAAUAACUGCACAGGGUUAACUGUAAACAUUUUAACCACUUACAAGCAGGUGCUAGGGAAAUACUAUUUCAGAAUUGAUCCUGUAGGAGAGGGUGCUAGAUGGCGUCGAUCAUUUGGUCAGGAGAUAUACUCACCCUUGCUUUUAGCCUUCACACAGAGUGAUGGUCACUGGGGAGAUUCUCAUGUCACAACCUUCUCGGGUAUAGAUUCCUCAUACAACCUACCAGAUAACGUUGCAAUAAUAACCCUCCAGGAUCUGGGUGAUGGAAAAGUUCUCCUUCGUCUGGCACACUUAUACGAGAUUGACGAAGACAAGAAUCUCUCGGUUAAGGCAACAGUAGAACUGAAGAAGGUGUUUGCCCACAAACAGAUAAAGAAAAUAACUGAAGUGAGCUUAUCAGCUAACCAAGGAAGAGCAGAAAUGGAGGGGAAGAGAUUGGUUUGGCAAGUUAAAGGGUCACCUCCAGAACCUAAGGUGGUGAGGGGAGGAGCAGUAAAUCCAGAAAGUCUAAUUGUAGAACUUGCUCUUAUGGAAAUUCGGACUUUUGUUAUCAGUUUUAAUUAG